UUGCAUGCCAACACUGAGUAAUUAAUGCUCUCUCCUUAGUGUAAAAUAAUCAAAUUCAUGCACACACACACACACACACACACACACACAUAUACACGCACACACACACACACACACAGACUGACUGACAGCGGCUCUCAUUGACUGUCUGCAGGCUGGAAACACACGCGUAUGAGUGCCAUGCCGAAUAAAACCAAGAAAGACAAGGAUUCACCAAAAUCUGCAAAAGUGAGUAAAACAGGAGGGCAGGAGAACUCAGAUCAUGAGGGCUCGAAUAAGAAGGGCGCUAACAGCGUCCCACCGACCACACAGCUGCUGAAGGGCAAAGCGGCCGGAUCUCAGACUCCGGUGAAGAAGGAGAAGAGGCCGAGCUCGUCUCGAUUCAGUCUGAGCAACAACCGAGAGCUGCAGAAACUGCCUGCGUUCAAAGAUGUUCCUCCCGCCGAGCAGGAGAAGUUAUUCGUGCAGAAGCUGCGUCAGUGCUGCGUUCUCUUCGACUUCGUCUCCGACCCCUUGAGCGACCUGAAAUGGAAGGAGGUGAAGCGGGCGGCGCUCAGCGAGAUGGUGGAGUACAUCACUCACAACAGGAACGUCAUCACCGAGCCCAUCUAUCCUGAGGUGGUGCACAUGUUUGCAAUCAACAUGUUUAGGACGUUACCGCCAUCAUCCAACCCAACCGGCGCAGAGUUCGACCCAGAGGAGGAUGAACCCACGUUAGAAGCGGCCUGGCCUCACCUGCAGCUCGUCUAUGAAUUUUUCCUGCGGUUUUUAGAGUCACCAGACUUUCAACCAAACAUAGCCAAGAAAUACAUCGACCAAAAGUUUGUGAUGCAGCUCCUGGAGCUGUUCGACAGUGAAGAUCCUCGAGAGCGGGACUUUCUGAAGACGACUCUCCACCGCAUCUAUGGGAAGUUCCUGGGUCUCAGAGCGUACAUCAGGAAACAGAUUAAUAACAUUUUCUAUAGGUUCAUCUAUGAAACAGAGCAUCAUAACGGAAUAGCCGAACUACUGGAAAUAUUAGGAAGCAUCAUUAACGGCUUCGCCUUACCGCUGAAAGAAGAGCACAAAAUCUUCCUUUUAAAAGUUUUGUUACCUUUGCAUAAAGUCAAGUCCCUCAGUGUUUAUCACCCGCAGCUGGCUUACUGUGUGGUUCAGUUUCUAGAGAAGGACAGCACACUUACUGAGCCGGUGGUGAUGGCUCUUCUAAAAUACUGGCCAAAGACUCACAGUCCAAAGGAGGUGAUGUUUCUGAACGAGCUGGAAGAGAUUCUGGACGUCAUCGAGCCGUCAGAGUUUGUUAAAGUGAUGGAGCCGCUAUUCAGACAGCUGGCCAAAUGCGUCUCCAGUCCACAUUUCCAGGUUGCGGAGCGAGCUCUCUACUACUGGAAUAACGAGUACAUCAUGAGUUUAAUCAGCGAUAACGCGGCGAGGAUCCUGCCCAUCAUGUUCCCCUCGCUGUACCGAAACUCCAAAACCCACUGGAACAAGACGAUCCACGGGCUGAUCUAUAACGCUCUGAAGCUCUUUAUGGAGAUGAAUCAGAAGCUUUUUGACGACUGCACACAGCAGUUCAGGGCCGAGAAAAACAAAGAAAAGGCCAAGUGGAAAGAGCGCGAGGAGGCGUGGAUAAAGAUCGAGAAUCUCGCCAAAUCAAACCCACAGUUUCUCAUGUACAUCGACUCCACCAGCCUCAGCAGUCCGAUGGACAUGGAGACAGACGGGCCGAUCAUUGAGGAUGUCAUGAUGCUAAAGAAGACCGUAGAAGAAGAAGCCACUCAGCCCCACAGAGACCAGCGUAAAGAACGUCCACUGAUGCGACGCAAGUCCGAGCUGCCUCAGGAUACCUCCACCGUGAAGGCCCUGGAGACGCACCGGCGCGCCGAGGACAUGAUCGGUGCCCAGGAUGGCCACUAGAGGACCACAGAUGCCCGAAACCCAGCCCAGAUUAGUCCAGUCCAGACCAGACCAGUCCAGUCUCAGCCGCCGUGUUCAGCACAGACGACCAGCGGUGGAGGACGGCUCCGGUGUGACCCACAAACACAUGAACCCGUUCUGUCCAGAACCGACCGCGCCGGAGCCCAUCCCACAUCCAGACCCCCUCGAUCCACGCUAGUCCCGACUCAUCCUCUCCUCUGCUUUCGUUUGUCCGUUUCUCUCUGUUAAAGGGAUAGUUCACCCAAGAAUGAAAAUUCUGUCAUUAAUUACUCGCCCUCAUCUCGUUCCAAACCCAUAACACCUUCAUUCAUCUUCAGAACACCAAUUAAGAUAUUUCUAAUGAAAUAGACAGCAAUGUAACUGCCAAGUUCAAGACCUAGAAAGGUAGUACGGACAUCAUUAAAAUAGUCCAUGUGACAUCAGUGCUUCAACUGUAAUUUUAGUAAGCGAAGAGAUUAUGUUGUGCGCAGAAAACAAAAAUAAUGACUUUAUUCAUUAAGUCUUCUCCUCCAAAUCAUGUAUUCCGCCAUUACUGAGAGUACCACACCGCAUGUGCGCGUUGGUGUAAUCAGCUUUGUUUACGUUCAGCAUGUGUGCGUUUCCUCCUGAACGUAAACAACUCUGAUUACGUUGAUUAUGUUCUGGGGAAAGCACGCACAUGCAUCGUGGUACUCUCCUAAAUAGCGUAAGAUGGUAACUCGUGGAGAAGAGUUGUUGAAUAAAAUUACUUUUGUUUUCUUUGCGCACAAAAAGUACUCUCGUAGCUACGCAAAAUUAAAGUUGAGCCACUGAUGUCACAUGGACUGUUUUACCGAUUUCUGCGACUGGGAACGUUUGUAUUGCUCCAAAUGCAGGAUCAGAGAGCUCUCGGAUUUCAUCAGAAAUAUCUUAAUUUGUGUUCUGAAGAUGAACAAAGGUCUUACUGGUUUGGAACGACACGAGGGUGAGUAAUUAAUGACAGAAUUUUCAUUUUUGGGUGAACUAUCCCUUCAAGCUGAACCGCACUUGUAUUCGGGCGAGCGAACGAUUCUCAGGUUGUUUGGAGACCGAGAGCAGCGAGCCGUGUUCAGAUUUCGCUCUCUUCUGUGGUUCUUGUGUCUGAAAUGAAACCGGCUCAGUGUGUAUUUCACGUCACGCUUGCAAAAUACCCUUCCGUUUUUGUCCAGAUACUUGGCAAUAAGUUCGUCCAGGGAGAUUUUGGUUGUUCAAACAAUGGUGAGCGGCCUUACGGUGGUUAAUUCGUUUUUAGAUGAGCGUCAAAGCUUUUUAACGGGCAAUACCGAACGUUUUGUUUACCCAGUUUUUCGACCAAGCCUUUAUUUGCAUAGAGUGCCUUUUUAGAUCGAGGAAAAAAGUAUUUUUCGUCUGAAAUUUUCUGGUUUCGCUCGCGAGAAACGCGGAUAGAACGGGACCCGGAGAAGCCUGACAAAAAGAGAAAUUCUCCUGAUAAACUUGAAUGACUUUCUCUGAAUUGUUUCCUUGGGUUUGGUUUAGGACGAAUCCCUCUGAACCAUUGUUUGAACUCCCAUUGAGUUUGGCCUGGUCGGAGCUACGGUGCAGUGCUCUCUCUGCGUUCGUCCGUGUCGUGAUUUCAGAUGCAGGUUUUUAUUCUCGGCCCAUAUAAGCUCGUCUGUCCGAUUUGAAUGUGCAAAUUUCAAUAGAUAAAUGCGUUAUUUUUCUCUCUCCUGACCUUUCUCUUGGGUUUUAAUUUAAACUCCUUCCUUAUCUUUCGGCUGUAGUGCGAAAAUCUAAAAACGUAGUCUGCGAAAGAUGAUUUUUCUCGCCGGUGUCAAUAGCAUAACUUGCGUUCUUUUUCCAGCUGGAAGCUUUCAUUGUGGUGAAUUUCACUUUCCGUUUCGUUUCAUGAAAGAAAAUACAACUGCAAAGUGUCCUUUAGUAUGCGUCCCCCUACUAAAUGGCUCCAUCUGAUAUUGUACAUAUUAUGUACUGUUAUGAUCCAUCUAUUAUUGAAUGGUAGAUCUCUUAUUUUGUACAAAUUUUCUCGUGUACAGAUGAAAACCGCUAUUAGCCACUUGCAGACAGUUGGUAUUUGACAGACUUCUGUAACUGCGUUAGAAACGUUUACGAUUUAAUUUCUAAUGUUUUUGUUUUUUUACUAUUUGUAAUUGAGAACUUUUCUGUCUCUGCAUUCAGCUGUCUGAUGAGAUCCAUCAUAAAAUAGCCUUCAUAUGUGCUUUUCUCCAAAUCUCAAGUGGUCUAUGUCUAUAUACAGGAAAUAAAGAAAACGUGUUUUAUAUUUUCA